ACAUAGUUACCGCAACUAAAAAUGUCGCACUCUUACAGUGCAGACGAAUAAAUAGCUAUUUAAAGUUAAUAAGAGACAAAAUACCUGGAAAAUGGAAGAAAUCUCGGCAAAUGACAACCGACCUGUAGCGAAUAGCACAUUUAAAGAUAUCCUUAUUAGUCCAAACAAUGAUGACGUCAUCAUUCCAAUCAGUGCGACUUUUGACAAGGCUGUAUUACACAUUGGUAUAGGAAACGGAUGUGGUAUAUUUAUAGAGAAGUUUGGUGUGAAGAAUGGUAAGGAGUUGAAAACUUCGGUGCAAUAUGCCACCCGAAAGUUCACAGACGCUCGUAAGCAAAGAAAAAACAAAGGUAAAGACCUAAAAGCAAGCUCAAGUGAAGAUAUUGAGAAGAUUGUAGAUGAAAGUGGUGAAAGGUUUACGAGUGGCAUUCCAAGUAUGAAAGAGAUUGAUAGACAGAUGGCUAAGCUAUUGGACCAUCUUUUGGUUCAGGAAACAACGGAAAACAAAAGUGGUAUUGAUACAAUACCAGACACUAAACCUUUGAAAGAAAGCAAAUCUGUAGAUAUCGAAAGCGACAUUGGAGCCGCUGAUAAAAGUAUUCGAUCAAUAAUUGGGACAGUUUUAUCAUCUGACAUUAGGAGUGACGUACAGGGAAAACCUAUGCAUGAUAAAGAAAUUGCCUUGGAAGAAAAAACCUUGGUUGAGUCAGAUAUGAACAAUCAUUUGUACAAGCUUAAUGAAACACGUUUUAAUGCAGAGAGGACAACUUCAUUUGAAGCCAUUGAUAAAGCUUAUCAAGAGGAAAUGUUACAGAUUGCAAUUGAAAAAGAGCCAGGUGUCUACAAACCAAACUGCAUUCGGUCAUCGACUGAAACUGGGUUUCCACUUACAGGCGAUAUGUAUGUUUAUAUGGAUGAAAUAUUUGUAACCUCGAAACGAGACUCUCAAAUGAUUGAUGAAUAUGUAUCAGCAACUACAAAGAAGACAAGAAAAGACAAACAGCAAGAGUAUAUAUCCGAAAGCGGUACGACGAGUGAAAUUGUAGUUAUAGAUAAAGAUUACACAGACAGCAAUGUGUUUGAUGACGUUUUAGAUAAAGGUCAAAGUGGUCCAAAUUUAGAUGAUUCAAUUGUAGAUAGAGCACCAAACGACAGCGAGAAUUUGGAUGCUAUCGUUCCGGAUACGUUUGCUGUGGAGUCAGAUCUUUCAAUGAGUAUAAAUAAAGUAGCAGUUGAUGAAAUGUCAGACAGUGACACACUAGCUGGUAUUUUAAAUAGAGAAUCCGGUACUGAAAUUGUAGAAAUUAUAGAAUCAGAUGACGAUAUUGUAGACAUAGAUGCAAUAGCUCUCCAAGAUGAUCAAGAUGAAGUGGGCAUAACAGCAGCUAGGAAUGAAACUGAUAAUACUUAUAUUACAAUCAACAAUGUGGUUGACGAUGAUGAUAAUCUGUUUGGUAUCAUGGACAUCUACAUAAAGAGUGAUCUACACUUUGACUUACAUAACAUACAAGCAUCAACCGAGCACUGUGGCCAGAAGAAAGACUUUGGAUAUUAAUUCUUUUCAUUUUCAACAUUCUUUAAAUAAAGAUUAGGAACAUAG